AUCUGUGGUUCAGUCAUGUCUGCCUCCAUGGUGGCUAGGGCGACCGUCCGAGCAGUCAGUAAAAGAAAGAUAUUAGCCACUAGAGCGGCUUUAACGCUGACUCCAUCUGCUGUGAAUAGGAUCAGGAACUUACUGGAGGAUAAACCAGAAUACAUUGGUCUGAAGGUGGGUGUGAGGACAAGGGGCUGUAACGGUAUGACCUACACUCUGGAUUUCACCAAGCAGAAGGAUCAGGCUGACGAGGAGGUGCUGCAGGACGGUGAGCAAACACCAUUAUCCUAAAUUACAUUAUCCUACCGUUAUCCU